CAAAGGCUGAAACAGCGGAGGAGGCCUCGCAACAAAGAGGCCCAUUUAUAGAGUACAGUCGUGGAGAGACACGGAGAGGGAGGGUAGGAGGAGAAGCUGGGAGGAGAGUUGAAUUAAUGAAUUAAAAAUGUCGUGAAACAGCGGCUGUGUGAAUACUUUUGGGUUUAUAUAGAGAGGCGUGCAGGGGGGUCCUGGAGGAGUGGACAGCGCAGGCUUCUUUAACUUCUCUCUGUCCGGACACACAGGGCUCCCUCUCAGCUUCACGUGCAGGAAGAAGGGCAAAACUGUGCUCAUCUGAUUACAUAAUGACCCAGUAACUGUGAGCCAGAACCGGUACGACCAGUACCAGUGUGCUGGGAGACACCGACUGACCGCUGGUUAAUCCUCACCCCUUUUCUGAUUUCAUGCUUUUUUUUCCUUUCUUUUUUUUUGUUAAAUAUAUAGGAUGACCACGACGUAGAGGGACCGCGGAAGAAAACAAACAAUGUGAUGUCAAAGUGAGAGGUGAUGUAAGACAUGGUUGAGCUGUCAACAAGUGCGCGUCGUUCAAAACCGUGAACUUUCUUUUCUUUUUGUCAAUCUUUUUUUUUCCCCCCUCCAAGACAGAUUGAGUUGUCUGGCUUUUUCACAUGUCUGCUGGACAGUGAAAUUAAUUAAAUCUUCAAGUUUCAAAGCUGUGGUCCGAGUGAACUUCUGAACAACAGAAAGCGCCGACCAUGACCUCAGCCACCCCCCCCUCCUCUGAAAGCUCCUCCCCUCAGAAAGUAUGCCACUCCCAGACGCAGACCGACAUCACCAAGCCCCUGCUGGGCUCCACAGCGGGGGCUGGAGGUGCUGGUGCUGGUGCAGCAGGAACAGGAAAUGGAGGGCCCAACGCUCUACGAAGGAGGCGCCGCGUCCUCUCAAAAGACGGACGAAGCAACGUACGCAUCGAGCACGUGAGCGGGCGAGGGGCGCUGUACCUCCGCGACCUCUGGACGACUUUCCUGGACAUGCAAUGGCGCUACAAGUUCUUCCUUUUCUCAGCCACAUUCGCCGGGACCUGGUUCGUGUUCGGAGUGCUUUGGUACCUGGUGGCACUGGUGCAUGGAGAUCUAUUGGAGUUUGACCCCCCCUCCAACCAUACUCCAUGUGUAAUGGAGGUGAAGACCCUGACGGGAGCCUUCCUCUUCUCUCUGGAGUCUCAGACCACAAUUGGCUACGGUUUCCGGUGCAUCACCGAGGAGUGUCCCGCUGCCAUUAUCCUGCUCAUCUUUCAGCUGGUCAUCACCAUGGUGAUGGAGAUUUUCAUCACCGGCACUUUCCUUGCAAAGGUCGCUCGUCCUAAGAAGAGAGGCGAGACGGUGAAGUUUAGUCAACAUGCUGUCGUAUCCAAUCAUGAGGGUCGGCCCUGCCUCAUGAUCCGAGUGGCAAACAUGCGCAAAAGCCUGCUGCUGGGAUGCCAGGUGACGGGGAAGCUGCUCAAGACGUCCCUGACGAAGGAGGGCGAGACGGUGCGGCUGGACCAGCGCAACGUGCCUUUCCAGGUGGACACGUCCAGCGACAGCCCCUUCCUCAUUAUCCCGCUGACUUUCUACCACAUCAUUGACGACAACAGCCCCCUCAGGGCCUGGGCAGCAAAAGGUGGCGGCUGGACAGACCCGGACCUGGCUGACUUUGAGCUGCUGGUGAUCAUGAGCGCCACGGUUGAGCCGACCUCCGCUACCUGUCAGGUCCGAACAUCCUACCUUCCUGAUGAGAUCCUCUGGGGCUACGAGUUCCCCCCCGUCGUCUCCCUAUCCCCCUCUGGGAAAUACGUGGCCGAUUUUGCCUUCUUUGACAAAGUGGCCAAAACCAAAACCCCACCCCUCUUCAAGCAGGCCCUGCCACCGAGCCCGCCAUCGCAGGCAUCCCGUUACCACGGCGGCAAGGAGGCUGGGACGGACCCGGAGAAGGUGCGACUGGAGGAGAACUACAGGGGGGAGGAGAAGGGGCGAGAAAGAGGCCGCAUCAGAGAUAGCAGCCCACUGAGUGUGCGCAUUAGUAAUGUGUGAUCAAAGAGAGAGACAGGUGUCGGAAGUGGUAACGGAAAGUCGAAGUGAAACUGAGAUAAGGUAAAGCUGCUCACAAAAAAAUCUCCCCACACUCCGCCUACGCAUAUGAGAAGAGAUACUGAAGAUAUCUGUGUCUUCAACCACCUUCAAAUGGAACAAAUCCAACAUGUAUAAAAUGUACAGCACAACAUCAAGUCAUCCACAGAGGCCUUUUCUACACCUAUAUUCAUUUUCUUUUUUGGAAAGGACUUGAUUUACUGUAACUGGAGGAUACAUCAGAACGGCAAUACAUCAUCCAGAGUAGGCUUGCAUGACCACGCCCCCUUUUGGGGGAAAACAAAUCUGGUAACAGCGUAAAGAGAAGAAGUUGAAACAUGUCUCCAAAGUUCUACUUUAAACAAAUGUAAUAUCGAAGAGUUGCUGUGUAGCUGGUUGCACCAAUAAUCCCCUGUCCUAAAAAAGAUAUAAUAGAGGGUUUUUAAAACACUUUGAGAUGUCGGGAGACUAGAAAAGCGCUAUAUAAAUGCAAGUCCAUUUACCAAGUCUAUUUAACUUAAUCUCAGCCCAUAUAUCAAACAGUUAAGAGGUUGGUUAUUUACAGACAAAAUUUAGCCUAACGGGAUUCAAUCAAAUAUGUAUAGAGGUCUGGAUAAGCAAUAUCCAUCCACUGCGUUGGACGGGGGAAGACUGCGAUCAACCUUAAUUUAUUA